AUGUAUUCUGAUCAUACCUCUCAAGAAAUCGACUUACCUUCCGCAAUUAGCUUGAAACUAAGUUUUUAUCUCUCUUACCUUGCUUUCAACCUCCAUUUUCCUGUAGACACCGAUCGGCUUGUUUGUCCGAUUACUAAUGGCAUGGUAUGGGGUCCUGUACAGCUACAACUGGAUGAUUUACAGUCUGCUUUGCUGGCUGGAGGACGUCACUCGCGAAGGUUUGAAUUUGAUCUGACCGCUAGUCACCUAACAACUAUUGUUAACCGCUGUGAUCUGGACAUCGUAGUAUGUAGUCACUUGAUUAGCGAACCACUCCAAGUCUGCCAUUGGCCACCGGCUGAUUGUCUACAGAUCCGAUUCAACGAGGUUCCGCUCCAGCUGGAUCGCCAUCCACGCCAAUAUCAUGGUCCUCCAGUUUCCUCGACAUGUCAAGGCCAGACAUCGACUGCCCCUGCGCACAAAGUAGCUUGUGUAAAGCAACUAUGUAGGCCUGGAAGGAACUGUCUUGAGAUAUCAGUGAUCGGUCUUGGUGAGGAGCCCAACAUUCCCGGAGUUGCUGCCAAGCGACGUGCAAUCUUUAAUAUGCUCAAAACUGUUCUUCGUUCUCUUGCAUAA